GCGGAGACGCGCCAUUGACCAGCGGGUUCUGCGCUGCCCAGAGCUGCUGGUGGGUGAGGGCGCUGCCCGUAAGCCGUGCGGUCGGUGGUUCCGGGAGGCGCCGCGGACUUCGGGAAGCUGCAAUGGCCAGGCUUCUGCAGCCUCCGCCCAAGUUCCUGCCGGCGGAUUGGCAGGUGGCCAACAAGACCCAGUACCACAGAGCAGAGGCCCAGCGGUCCCGCUCCGAGCGCCUGGUGGUGGAAAGCCAGAGGCUUGUGGAGGAGAUCGAAAAGACCACAAGAAGGUCUCAGAGCGACGUGAACAGGAAACUAGAACAGAGGCUCGAGGAGAUCAGGUUCUGGCGGAAGGAGCUGGGCGACAGGCUCGAGCAGCUGGUGUCCGUCACGGAGGAGCUGCUCACCUACCAGACCCGACUGCACAGCGCCCUGGACGGCCUGAAGGGGCCCCUGCACAUCACCCAGAUGUGCCUGGAGUACAGGGAGAAUCGGGUUGGCAUCGACCUGGUGCACGAUGAGGUGGAGCAGGAGCUGGUGAAGGAGGCCGAGAUCAUCCACGGGGUGACGGCCUUGCUGACCCGCACCUUGGAGGAGGUGUCUGAACAGAUCAGGCUGAACCGCUCGGCCAAGUACAACCUGGAGAAGGACCUGACGGACAAGUCUGUGGCCCUGACCAUCGACGACGUUUGCUUCUCCCUCAACAACAACUCCCCAAACAUCCAAUACUCUGAGGGCGCUGGGCAGGUGGACCCUCGCUCUGUGAGUCUGGAAGACUGGCUGGACUUCUCCAAUGCCAACGUGGAGAAGGCCGCCAGGCAGAGCCACAACUCGCUGGCACUGAAGGCCCUGGUGGACCGGGUCCUGUCCCAGACGGCCAGCGACUUGCGCCGGCAGUGCGACGUGGUAGACACAGCGUUCCAGAACGGGCUGAAGGAGACCAAGGAUGCCAGGGACAAGCUGGCCGCUCACCUGGCCAAGGUCAUGGAGGAGGUCGCCAGCCAGGAGGAGAACAUCGCGGUUCUCGAGAAGGCCAUCCUUGACCAAGAGGGGCCUGCCAAGGUGGCUCACACGCGCCUGGAGACCAGGAGACACCGGCCCCGCGUGGAGCUGUGUCGCGACGUCGCGCAGCACCGGCUGGUCAGGGAGGUCCAGGAGAUCGCCCACAACGUCGCCAGGUCGGUGGGCGUGGGGGCCGCGUGCACCUGGACCAGCGACAGGGCUGUGCGGAGCCACGCAGGUACUCAAGGAGGUCUUGGCCCAGGCGCAGGCGGAGCUGAAGGGCCUGAACCGCAGGCAGCUGGCGCUGCAGGAGGAGGUCCAGGUGAAGGAGAGCACCAUCUACAUCGACGAGGUGCUGUGCACCCGCAUGAGGAAGUCCAUCCCCCCGCGGGACGGAGGCGACCAGGGCGAGGGGGCGGGGGGCCUCCGCCCUGACGCCGGCUGCUGAAAGUGCAGGUGGUUUGGACACCGAUUAAAGCACAUCAUGACCGGUG